ACUUGAAUGUCAAUUAUGGUACUUGUUUUUCUCUAUUUCCGUUAGGAAAAUCAUUUCCUCAUUUUUAAGGAACUUGUUUUCCCAGAGAAAAUGUGUUUCAAAACAUUUGGACCAACCAAAACAUGUGAAAAUUGGAAAAAAUUUCCGGUAAAUGUUUUCCUCCAUAUUGAACACACCCUUAGAGAUGUUGUUGUGUUUGGUUAAUUGGGAGCAGGUGAGCUGGGUGUGCGUGAUUAUGGGGUUCGUACCGGAGAGAAUCCUGCGAUUUAUAGAAGAUAAAUUACGGUGUUCAGCUUAAAUGGGGAUUAUGUUGUUUCUAGUUAGAGAUUGUCUUUGCAGGGAUAGAUGCAAAUUCUUCAUUGGAUCUAUGAAAUAGGAAUAGAAGAGCUGAUGAUCUGGGGAUGGAAGAUUAAAGCCUGUUUAUCUAAUAUCUAUCAAUGAGCUAGGCAUUAUCCAAACUAGUUGGGUUGGUUAUAUGAAUCCUCUAUAUUUGUUCUGUUCAAGUGGGACUUGAUUCCUUUCAAUACUGGUAAACUAAUUUGUAGAUUAAGGCAAAUUACGGUUUAAAACUAUCAGUUCUGUAAAUCUCAAAGUUAGAGCAUUGAAAUGCAAGUCCUCCACCAUAUUGAAAGGACUCCAAGUAAACACUAGUACCGUAAGUAUAAUAACAAUAACCAAGCAUUAAACCAAACUAGUUGGUAUUGAUUACAUGUAUUGUUGCUCUUCCUUUGUAUUCUUUAACUAAAUUCACAUGUAUUAUGAGAUUAGAAAUAUUUGAGAACAACUUUGUUUCGUGUAAUUUUAGGUGUACCUCAUCUCGUUUUAGCACUAAACUCCUAAGAGUGUCAUACCUACAGAUCAGUGUAUCUGGAGGUUUACAUAUGUCUUCUUUUUUUUUUUUGAAAUAAGAUAUUGCCAAGCCAUCUCCGGCAACUUUAACUCAUUUAUCCUCUAUAUUUUCUACAUGCACCUUCUGUCUGAUGUGAUCAUUUUGAAUCAUGUCUAAAUUUUUUCAUUCAAAAGAUCUUGGUCCACUCUUCUAUAGAACUUGCCUUUUACUUUGUUAUGUAUCCUUUUAUUGCAUAGUACUUUUGCGGCACUGAUACAUUACAACUAGCCUAUUUAAUUCUACGUUACAUCUUCAUUCAUCAUGCCAUUUUCUGAACGACUGAGCCUAAAUAUUUGACUUGUUGUAUUUAUAUACCAAAAUCCCCUCUAAUCUCACUGGGUCAUCGUUCAUCUUGUGGAGAUAAUUACAGUGCAUAUAUUUUGUCGUACUUUGACUUAUCCUAAAACCCGUAGAGUUCUUUUCCAUAAUUCCAGUUUUUGAAUUGACUUACUCGCUGGUUUCAUCAAUAUAUUACCAUAUGCAAAUAGCGCAUGAAACCUCAUCCUAUAUCUUCUUGGUCAACACUCAACACAGUUGAACCAUAUGAACGUACAUACUUUUGACACCGGUUUGGUGUUUAGUGAUGAAAUCUUUUGACUCCCUACUGGUUAACUCACCUGUAGCUAGGGAUGGUAUGGUUCAAGGUAAAAUCCUUGUGUAGACUCAAGUUAUGGUAAACCUAUCUAUAUAUCCUUUAUAUUUGAUAUAGAUUCAUAUGUUUCAAGUAUUAACUGAAGAACUCUUUUUGAUAUUCUAUCAUAUGCUUUCUCUAGAUUAAUGAAUAUUAUGUGAAAAUCCUUUUUCCUUUCCCAUAGAUUUUCAUAAAUUUUCUCUACAAAAUGUAGUCUUUGUUGUAAAUUUUGUAAACAUAUACCGAAAUUGAUUCUAUGUCAUCCUUGUAAUGUCACGAAAGUAAAGUUGUAUCAUGCUUUCUCAAAGUACCAUCAUAUGAAACAUAAGUUUAACAUCAUGAUUGUUCAUAGAAGUUUGAAUAUGUCCUUUUUCUUACAUAUCUGUACUAAUGUACUCUUUUUCUGCUCGUUUUAUAUCUUUCCACUCCUCACUAGACUCAGAAUAUGGUUAGUUAUAUUAUUUCUACCUCUCUGAGGUACUUUCAAACAUCUAUAAGGAUGUCAUCUGCAUCACAUGGUUUUCUAGCCCGCAUUACUUGUUGCAUUCUUUACUUUGGCGGAUCUAAAUCUUUCUCUAGGAAUGUAAAUAAAGUUUUUUCUGAAGAAUUACAUCCUUUUUUUAUUUUUUAUGAAGUAAUUGAUUCUAUUCAAGGCAUCCAGAAGAUGCAAAGUAGUUACAAAAGAUUGAGCACAAGAAUGUCAGCUCUAGUACUUAACUAAAGAGCAAACAAAAUCUAAAAGGCUAUCAGGGGAAUCUAUUGGGGAUAAAAAGGCCCAACUAUGUAAAUAAAAAAGACAUUUAGCUUUGAGCAUAGUUUGACUAGUUGAAAGACCAUCAAAACAUCUACUAUUCCUUUCAUUCCAUAUAGUCCAAAAGAUGGCAGCUAUCAUCUUCCAAAUCUUCUUGAUGGUGCUGUCAACUUUCCAUUGGCUCCAGCUUUCAAAAACUUCCCUGAUAGUGUUUGGCAUUACCCAUUUGAGUCCAAAAAAGGGGAGGAACAUAUGCCAUAGAUCAACAGACCAAGGAAUCCUCGGUCUGAAGAAUUACAUCCUAAUGAGGGAGAAAACUGUAAAAAGCUUUAGCUAAAGAGUGAAGAGGCAGAACAAGUGGAAGUUUUAGAUACAUGAAGGUUCCAAUUGCUGGUCCGCAAGUUGCAGCCAGGAAACUGGCAAGAUGGAUGAAUUGGAAGGUGGAUUUGUUUUGUUUGAUACUGUUACUAGUCUUCCUGUUGCCCUACUAUCAUUGCUACCUGAUGCUUUGCAACAGUGGCGUGAGGAAGGAUCGGGCUGCAGUGGGUGCUAUCUUAUUCUUGUUGGCUUUUCUCUAUGGUUUUUGGCGUUUGGGCAUUCAUUUUCCAAUGCCUUCUCCUGACAGAGGAUUUUUCACCAUAACUCAGCUGGUUAGCAGGAUUGGAGUGAUUGGUGUGACUGUCAUGGCUAUCCUUUCAGGUUUUGGAGCAGUCAAUUUGCCGUACAGUUAUCUAUCUCUAUUCAUCAGAGAAAUAGAGGAAUCAGAGAUCAAAGGACUGGAGAGGCAGCUGAUGCAGUCAAUUGAAACUUGUAUUGCAAAGAAAAAGAGAAUUAUUCUUGGUCAGAGGGAAAUGGAGCGGAUCCAAGAUUCGGAAGAGAAAACAAAAUCCAGUUCCUUCUUUAAGCGCAUUGUGGGAACAGUUGUACGAUCCGUUCAGGAUGACCAAAAGGAACAAGAUAUCAGAAACAUGGAAAACGAGGUUCAGGCCUUAGAGGAGCUAUCAAAGCAGCUGUUCUUGGAAAUUUAUGAGCUUCGGCAAGCUAAGGAAGCUGCUGCUUAUUCUCGAACAUGGAAGGGUCAUUUGCAGAAUCUUUUGGGCUAUGUGUGUUCUGUGUAUUGUGUCUAUAAAAUGAUAAAGUCUCUUCAGAGCGUUGUAUUCAAGGAGGCCGGUUCUGUAGAUCCUGUAACAAGGACAAUCAGCAUAUUUUUACAGUUCUUUGACAUAGGAAUAGAUGUCAACUUGUUAUCACAGUACAUCUCUCUCCUGUUCAUUGGGGUGUUGAUUGUGGUAUCUGUGAGGGGCUUCCUGACUAACUUGAUGAAGUUCUUCUUUGCAGUCUCCAGAGUUGGAAGUGGAUCAUCAAGUAAUGUCGUACUUUUUCUCUCUGAAAUCAUGGGAAUGUACUUCCUUUCCUCCAUUCUUUUGAUCAGAAAGAGUCUGGCAACUGAAUAUCGGAUAAUCAUAACGGAUGUAUUAGGUGGAGACAUACAAUUUGACUUCUAUCACAGGUGGUUCGAUGCAAUAUUUGUAGCCAGUGCUUUCUUAUCGCUGCUUUUGCUCUCUGCACACUAUACAGCUCGCAAGGCCGAUAAUAAGCACCCAAUUGAUUAAACCAUUUUCCUGAGUGAAGAUGCUAUAUUUUAUAGGCAAGAAUCACUUAACACUAUUCUUUGUAAUGAUGUAUCAUUGAUAUAAUAGCAAUUUUUGUAUGAUCAAAGCUCUCUGGUUUCCGUCUAA